AUGAUAGUAAUACAUUUACUUUUCCUUCCUGUGCCUUUACCAUCAUCAACAACUACAAGUUUCGAACAGUUUGGUCUCAAACUUUAUUCAACUGUUAGUCAAAAUAAGAAGAAUGAAAAUAUAUUUCUUUCACCAGCAAGUAUUUCUCUUGCGAUGUCAAUGUGCACAGAUGAUGCUCGACAAGAAACGUUAAAUCAAAUGUUAAAAACAUUUGAAGUAUCAUCUACAAAACAAUUAAUAAAAACAGCUGAACAAAUUAUACAUAUCUUUUCUAUUGCUAAUCAAGAUAAACAAAUUCAACUUAAAUUAGCUAAUCAUCUUUAUGCACAAAAAGCAUAUCAACUUCAAGAAGAAUAUUUAAAAAUUGUUCAAAAUUCAUUUAAAGCAGAUAUUAAACAGAAAGAUUUUGAAAAUGAAGGUGCUCAAGCUGUUCAAAGAAUUAACACAUGGGUUGAACAGCAAACAAAUAAUUUAAUUCGAAAUCUACUUUCAAUAAAAGACGUGACAUUUGAGACAAAAUUAAUAAUUAUUAAUAGUAUUUAUUUUAAGGUAAAUAUUAAUUUUAAUGAAACAAAAAUAAUUUGUUUCUAUUAA